GACAGCAACCCGGCCCCCGGCUCAAAAGGGUUGCCUACCCCUGUUCUAUGCAUUCCUGCAUGGCAGAAGUGGGAUUGUAUGGACCUUGGGGUUCCCCUUCCACCUCUAUGAUCAUUUAUCCGUUCUAGAGCCUGGAUGCAGACUUGUCCGAUGGACCGGUCACUGCGCAGGAGUACUUCCAGGUGAGGAACGCGCUGACCGCCUCGGAGGCGAAGAUCCAGCAGCUCAUGAAGGUGAACGUCAACCUGAGCAAUGAGCUGAAGAUCAUGCAGAAGAAGCUACAGACGCUGCAGAGCGAAAACAUGAACCUGCGCCGCCAGGCGACGAGCGGCACCUACCCAGUGUCCCCCACGUCGGAAUACCCAGAUGCCGACGGCCAUGUUUCCUUGAUCCGGCGUCCCUCCGCCCGCUGUGGCGGCGGCGGCAACCGUCCGAUGUCCAUGUACGAAACCGGGUCAGCCCAGAAGCCCUACUUGCUCCUUGAUGCCGAAGAGACGUUCGUUGCGUCACUGCUCCAGCCCUUCCCUCCGCACGCGACGAAACUAGAAAAGCAGAGCAGUUUGCAGGAGGGGGAUUACGACAACGCGGUCCCCACGCCGGAUCUGGACGAAAAGGGGCUCGGAUGGAAACCCCGCCAGCGCGGCAGUGCCUUCCGCCACGGGGAAGGGUCACUCUCCGAGGGCAAGAACCCCGAUGCCAUCUUCGCCGGCGCCGGCCUCCCUGGCACAGAGGACGUCAUACGGAAAACCGAGCAGAUCACGAAGAACAUCCAGGAACUGCUGCGGGCCGCGCAGGAGAACAAGCAUGACAGGGCCACCGCGCCCAAAAUCCGGUGCUGUUUCGGUACCCUGACGCCGACGCCGCUGACCUUCCGUCCACCAGACACCGUGUCCUGGUACUCCGGCCUCUGCCCCUGCCUCCCAGGCACUGUGGACUCCUCUUUCUCUCUUUCUCGGCUUGCGCCCCCUUCCCACCUUUUUGUGAAAAGCGCGCCACUGUGAGGCGCAGAACACUCGCCGUUAUGCAAGGAAGAUUCACGCUGCUUUUGAAGAUGGUUUUACUGGGACCUGAGUUUUCGUAUUUGGGAGACCUCCUUGCGUAACGG